AUGAAGAAGUGGCCUGGGAGCGAGGAGCCGACGGAGACGGCGGUGAAUCACGCGUUUGAUCAGAGCUUGCCGUGGUACGAUUACCUGCAGUCGAUGCCGGAAAAGGCGAGGAGGUAUAACCUUGCGAUGAAGCUGCAUAGUGGGAUGAGGGGUUUUCGGUGGGGCAUACAGGUCACACGGACUGUACAUGACUUUUUCGAGCCGCAGACGGUUGUUGCUGAUGUCUAUUUCUUCCGAUGGAUAUUCCACGGUUUCUCGGACAAGUACAACAUCAAGAUACUUCGAGACCUCUGCGGCGCAGAGCUGGGGAAGCUGAUUAGCGGAGCCAAAGAGCCACUCACUGUUCUUUUCGGAUCCAAGAAGAACCGCGAUAUCCUUGAGGACGUCUACAGUACCAGUCCCAUGUACGUCAUCAUGUCACAGCUGCUCACGCGCUUUCUUGAAAAGGCUCUGAGCGGCGCCUCACCCGGCCCAGGUGGUGUAUUCCGAAUCAUUGAGCUCGGCGCUGGAACAGGAUCAACCACCAAAUAA